GUGUUGCUUGGUUUCAUUACCUUUCCCUCUUUCAGAACAAACACCAUGGAUGUAUUUGGGAUCUUUAUCUCUCCAUUCGUACAAGCUAUGGUUGAUAAAUUGUCCUCUUAUUUUGGCAACUUAGUGAGCACAGCCGACGCUGGCACUGGCAUCCAGAAUCUGAAGAAGGCAUUAGAGGAUUUAGAGACUUUGUUAGCUGAUGCAGAGAACAAACAAGUGUACGACAAGGAUAUCAAAAAGUGGCUAGAAGAGGUUCAACCUUUGGCUUAUGACGCAGAUGACUUAUUGGAUGACUUUGCCACUGAAGCUCUCGAAAGGAAGCUAAUGGCGGAGGAGACGACAAUGGGAAGAAGACCAGCUAAGUUUCCACGUCUCUCUUCUAUUGUUCCAUUCAAUUUAAAAACUGGGUCAAAGCUAAAUGAGAUUACUAGUCAAUUACAAGAAGUUGCUACAAAAGGAAAAGAUCUUGGUUUAGAUAAAAGACUUGUUGGGAGGAUGUCUACAGAUUUACGGCAGAGAUCACAAACUACAUGUUUGAGGGAGCCUCACAUUCAUGGCAGAGAUGAAGCCAUCAAGCAAAUUAUGGAAUUGCUACUUGGGGAUGCACCUACUGGAAAUUUUUUUGAUGUAAUUCCUAUUGUAGGAAUGGGUGGGAUCGGCAAGACUACACUAGCUCAGCACAUUUACAAUGACGACAGAGUGGAAAACCAUUUCAAUCUAAAAGAAUGGGCAUGUGUAUCUGAUGAUUUCGAAGUUAUGAGAAUAACAAAGGCAAUUCUCGAGUCGUUCACUCAAGGUUCAUGUACUUUUAGUAACUUAAAUGAGGUGCAAGUUCAACUUAGCAAAACGUUGGCGGGGAAAAAGUUUUUGCUUGUCCUAGAUGAUGUGUGGGACUAUGGACGUGAUGGGUGGAAUUUGUUACGAUCCCCAUUUGGAGCUGGAGCACCUGGAAGUAAAAUCAUUGUGACAACACGAGACAGAGGUGUUGCAAAGCAGAUGGGAAUGGAUAAAUAUCACAAUUUACACAACUUAUUACAUGACGAUUGUUGGUUAAUCUUUGCCCAACAUGCAUUUGAGAAUAGAAAUAUCAUGGAAUGCCCAAAAUUGGUACCGAUUGGUAAGAAAAUUGUUGAGAACAGGUGCAGAGGCUUACCCUUGGCAGCGAGGGCCCUUGGCAGCUUAUUAUGUUGUAAACAAGAAGAACAUGAAUGGAAAGAGAUACUAAACAGCAAUAUAUGGAAUGAGGAAAGUGUCACGCUCACAGCAUUGAAAUUGAGCUACCUUCAUCUCCCUGUCCAUUUGAAGAGGUGCUUUUCCUACUGUGCAAUUAUCCCAAAGGACUACGAAUUCAUGGAGGAGGAAUUAGUCUUGCUAUGGAUGGCUGAAGGUUUAAUUGAGAAACCAAAUGGUGGAGACCAAAUGGAAGAUUUAGGCCGCAAGUAUUUUCAGGAAUUGGUGUCAAGAUCAUUUUUUCAACCGUCAAGUGGUAACAAAUCGCAAUUCAUAAUGCAUGACCUCAUCAAUGAUUUGGCUCAAGAUGUUGCAGGGAACAAAUGUUUUAGGUUGGAAAAUAAUUUAGAGGGUGGCAGGCAGAACAAGAUUUCGGACAAAGCACGCCAUGCAUCUUAUGUUGCUAGCCGUUAUGAUGGAAUCAAAAAAUUUAAAGCUUUCGAUGAUGCCAAAUGCUUACGAACAUUCUUAGAAUUUUUGCCACAACAAUUUCACUUUGUAACGAAGUACUUGAUGCAUGAUUUGUUGCCAAAGUUAAAAUGCUUGCAUGAGUUGCGUUUGUGUAGUAUUGGGAUAAAUGAGCUACCAGAUUCCAUUGGAGAUCUAAAGCAUUUGCGGUACCUUGAUUUAUCCAAUUCUGGGAUUACAAGAUUACCUGACACAGUGGUAACUCUCUACAAUUUACAAGUCUUGCUUUUGAAAUAUUGUCGUAAACUUCAGAAGUUGCCUCUAAACGUGGAGAGUCUGGUGAACUUGCGCCAUUUUGACAUGACUGGUGUGCAUAUUCCAUCAUCAGAAGAGAUGCCACUACAUAUAGGUAAAUUAACUAAUCUCCAAACAUUGUCAAAUUUUAUAGUGGGUAAAGCUUGCGGGCGUAAAAUAGGAGAGUUGAAAAACCUAUCACACAUUCGAGGGGCAACACACAUAUCAAGACUAGAGAAUGUCAAUGGUGUUAAGGAUACAAGGGAUGCCAAUUUAACGUCUAAGGAGUUAAAAGAGUUAUCACUAGAAUGGGAUGAAUCUCGUAGUUCACAGAAUGACAUAGUAGAGAGGGAUGUGCUUGAUGUGAUAAGACCUUUCAUAUUUUUGGAACGACUCACCAUUAGUGGGUAUGGCAGUACAAAAUUUCCAAACUGGGUUGGAGAUGUUUCGUUCUCCAAAAUGGUGUUCAUGCGAUUAAAAGGUAGCAAAUGUUGCACAUCUUUGCCACCACUUGGACAACUACCCUUGCUUAAAGACCUUUACAUUGAAGGAAUGAGUGCAAUAAAGCGCUUGGGUUGUGAGUUCUCUGGGCAGCAGUGUGGUAACAAACCUUUCCCCUCUCUAGAGAGACUGAGCUUUGAGUUUAUGCCAGAAUGGGAGGAUUGGUCUGCUUUUGAAACAGAGGGAGUUCAGUCGUUCGGUCAUCUCAGUGAGCUUUCCAUCAUAAAUUGUCCCAAACUUGUUGGAAGAUUACCAAAUGAUCUUCCUUGUCUCAAUUCUCUCAAAAUUGAUGGUUGUCCGCAAUUGUUGAUUGAUGUUUCGAGCCUUGUUCAGCCAUCAAUUGCAUCCUUGUCAAUGAAUAAUGUUAUGCUCCCAAGCCUUCCAGCACUCUUAGGGACGAAGAACACGAUUGAAAUUGGUUCUCUCACCUUGGAUAUUAGCCAUGUUACAGUUCUUGACUCCCUUUGCGAUCCAAGCACAACUGAUGAAGAGUUACUGGCUAAUGAAAUGUCUAAGCAUCUGACUUCAAUAACUGCUUUAAGCAUUUCUCAUGUUGAAAAACUGGCGUUCCUACCGACAUGGUUCACUCGAGAUUUAAUGGGACUUGAGAAAUUGAACAUUAGUAGCUGCCAAGAACUCAUAACAUUGUGGCGGAACAAGGUGAGAAUGCAAGUAUGUCUCCCUUCCCUCUGCCAUUUGGAGGUUUUUAAUUGCCCCAAACUGGUUUGCUUGUUUGAAGAAGAGCAAGAAAAAGAAGGAGAAGUUUCGAAAAAGCAGUAACAUGAGGGGCUGCCUUGCAUGACGAGACUGGAGUAUUUAACAAUUGAAGAGUGUGGAAUGCUGAAGAAACUGCCACAAGAUCUGCACACAUACACAUCUCUUGGGGUGCUUAGAAUCGAUGGUUGUGCAAGUCUGAUCUCUUUU